CAAACAUGCUCUUUCUCGCCCUCUCCGUUCCAAUCGUCGCUACCGGGGCAUUAGCCUUCCAGAUCCCAUCAUCACCAGCCACCCAAUGGCAUGGCCCGCCUCCCAUCCGCCACUCUCCACGAAGGCACACAGAUCCGCCGACGAGCCUCCGGAUGGGCCCUGACAUUGUCGGCACAGAGGAGCACUCACGCCGAGCUCUGCUGGAGAGAUCCAUGUCUGCUGGCCUGGGACUGCUGGUGCUUGACCAGAUGAGGGCGCCUGCUGUUGCUGCUGAGGAGGCGGCUGAGAGUGCUGCAACCGCGACGCCGCCAGCUGCUGUCAAGCCUUCAGCAGCGUCUGUGUGUGUGCUGGGCGCCGGAGGUGAGAAUGAAUGCACUGUUGCAACACGACCAAUGACUGCAGCCACACACUAGUUGGUUCUGUGUGCCUGUCUGUCCGUGUGUGUGUCAGGUCGCACCGGUCGGUUGAUCGUGGAGCUGCUGGCGCAGGAGGGCAGGGCGGUCCGUGCGGGCACCCGCGGCCCUCCCCCGGCCUCCUCGUCUGACCUCGUCAGCACAUCAGCCAUCGAUGUCAAGGACCUUCCCAGUGUGCGGCAGGGCGUCCGCGGCUGCUCGGGGGUCAUCUUCGCCGCGUCGGCAUCCAAAGCUGGCGGCAAGGCCGCUGCCGUCGACUACCUGGUGGGUCAGCUGACAAGACAGCCCGCCUCACAGCGUGUGUAUGGGUGUGUGUUGUCGACAGGGCGUUGAGAAUGUGGCCAAGGCUUGUCUGGAGGAGGGCGUUGAGCGGUUGGUGCUCUUAUCGAGUGGCGCGGUGACGCGGCCCGACUCUGUGGGGUACAAGCUUACCAAUUUCCUCACACUGGACAAGGGCGACAUCAUGGGCAACAAGAGGAAGGGCGAGGAUGCACUCAGGGCACUCUACAAAAGCAGCGCCAAGCCCAACCAGAGGUAGGUAUGCAGUGGUGAAUUAGUCAGCGGCACACACACGCACACCCACUUGACACAGGUCGAUUGGUUCCUUCUGUCUGCCAGCUACACCAUCAUCCGCCCUGGCGGUCUCCGCGAUGCCGAGCCAGCAGGACCCUCUCAGCUGGAGAUCAACCAAGGUCGUGUGCAACACACACACACACACACACGAAGGCGGAGGUCUCCGUCGGUGUGCAGUGAGUGGUGUCCACGCGCGACAUGUGUCUUCGUGCAGGUGAUUACUUCUUCUCUGAAAUCCCGCGUGCGGACGUGGCGGCGACAGCGGUGUCUGCGCUGUUCAGCCCCUACACGCGGGGCGUCACCAUGGAGGUCUACAAAGCCGAGGGCCGCUUCCCGCUAGAGGUGCGCCGGUGGAGUGGAGGACACACACGCACACAUACAGGGGGCCAAGGGGGACGUGACUGCUGUGCUGUGUUGUGUUGUGUUGUGUGUGUAGGGUGGUUUCCCGCCCAACUCAGGGUUUGAGCGGCGAGGCAACAGCUUCGAUGAACUCUUCUCGGGUACAACUCGACUGACGGAGCCACACCAGGACGCCCACACGCAUACCUGGCUGGCAUUGUGAGUGGUCAUGGGGUGUGUGUGUGUGUGUGGAUGCAUCAGGUCUGAAGAGCGACCAGGAGCUGCAAGCUGCCCUCGCACAGAGAACCUGACGAGACAGAUCGCCGGCCUGUCUGCCCGUCUGCCUGCAUGUGUGUCUGCAUGUCUGUUUGCAUGUGUGGGGGCCGAAUGGUGACAAUGCAUCACUGCUGUGUCCAUUCGCAACUCCAGCUCCUGAUUGGCCAGUGGAAGGACACCUGGACGGCUCAGCCAGGCCAAAGGCUGAGUCGUCACGGUGUCCAGCGGCUGGUACACAUCAGUGCUGCGGUGGUGUGUGGCGCACAUGAAAUGAAAUGUAAGUAAGAGUGCUGUUUGGUUUCUGUACGUCCGCAGAAAGAUUGGUUGACGCACCUUGCUCUCUGAGAUGUCCAUAUCGCCGGCGCAUCAGCAGUCGACUGUCGACUGAGUGCUGAUGGGCUGACGGGACGGGCGUUUCGGCGAAAGACGGUGUGUGCCAACCACAACCACGAUUGCGCACUCAUGGG